AUGUUCCGAGACACUCCGAAAAUUGUUAUAGAAGAUGGCACUUCUCCAUCUGCUCCUUAUGUUAUGUACAUUAGAAUGGAAGACUUAUUAGAAAAAUUGAAACUAUUGAACUAUGAUAAUCAAUUUUUACCGGAAUUUAAAAUAAAAGCUAUAAAUAGGAAUUAUUUUAUAACACAAACAAAUCCAGGAGAACAGUUUUAUACAUUUACAUCUUUAGCUGCAUGGUUAAUCAGAAAAGCAGGUGGAAACUUUGAACCCCCACAAGAAUCUGAUGAUCCUAAUGCAACAAUAGGUUUAAUAUUAGACCAUUUAAGAGAUACCAAUGUACCAAUAGAAUUUCCACCUAAUAAGCUUAAGCAAGGAAGUGGUGAUCAUGCCAUUUAUGUUCUAGACAAUUUAGCAAAUGAAGCAUUAAAGGCAGAGAAAUUCCAAUGGAAAAAGGUAGAAAUACCACCUGAUGAACCAAAUGAUGAACCUGAUAUAGAAGAUGAUGAUGCAGAAUUAAUAUUAGAAAAAGUGGAAGAAGAAAUGAUGGCUGAGUAUGAUGAUGAUGAUGAGGAUAUUUUACAUGUUGAUGAUAUUACAAAACUUUAUGGACAAAAUUUUAAUGAAACACAAAAACCUGAUGAUAUCCUAGAAUCUAAAACAAACAGAGAAGAGUGGCAAUUAGAAUUGGAAAGAGUUUUACCUCAACUAAAAGUAACUGUUAAAACAGAUUCAAGAGAUUGGAGGUCACACAUAGAGCAAAUGAAGCAACUUCGUGCAAAUAUUGCAAUGAAUUUGACUGGAACCAAAAGUCAAUUAGAUAAGCUACAUAUUGACAUAACAAAUACUUUAGAUAAAGUAAAAACAAGGGAGUCCUAUUUAAAUAGACAACUUGAACCUAUUUUGAAGGAAUAUCAAAUUCUUCAGGAUGAGUUAUCAAAAAUUAAGGAACAAUAUCGGGAUGUUAGUGGAGGUGUUACAGAAAGGACAAGAGUUUUUAAUAAAUUAUCAGAGGAGUUGGAACAUGUUAAAAAGGAAAUGGACGAACGAGGAUCAAGUAUGACAGAUGGAACUCCGCUUAUAAAUAUAAAAAAGACGAUUACGAAAAUGAAAAGCGAAAUUUCUGAAAUGAACAUUCGUAUUGGCGUGUUGGAAUAUAGUUUAAUGUGUGCAAGAAUACGAGAUCGCACGCAGUUGCAGGAAGAUAUGAAUAAUACGAAUGGGAUUGCGAUAACUUGA